AUGUCGAGUAAUUUUUCAAACUUUGGAAAAUGUGACAGUAAUGAUGAUAUAGAAAAUAAUGAUAUCAUGAUUAUAGACUAUGAAGAAUUUUCUGGGAGCGUUUUAAAAACAAACAAUAGCUUGCCAAACUUCCUUCAGAAAAAUAAAAAUCAAGAAAAUAAUAAUUUAUCAAAUUUAAACCAAAAAACUCAACCAUUGACAAUAAAUAAUAGUAAUGAUAAUCCAACCAAUAAAAGACCUUUACAAUUAGAUGAAUCUUCUUCGCCAUCAGAAAGUUUUGUUGCUCAAUCAUCGGUUGAUUUUCAAGAGCAUAUAAAUAAAAGGCAUAUAUUAUUCCAUAGAAAUGCGACUUUAAAAAAAACAGCAAAUUACGAUGAUGUUGAUAAUUCAACAAUGCGUCAAUUGCCAUCUCAAACUCUACCAACCGUUCCAACCCAAACAACAAUUAUGAGACCAAUUUUGCCAAAACCAAUUCCUGUAUCAUCAUUUUCAAUGGUAACAAGUUCAACAUCAACAUCAUCACCUUCAGCAACAAAUCAAACAAUCUCAACCCCAAAUGUGCAAACAACAACAACGCCAGAACCAAUGCCAAUGUCAGGAUCAACAAGAUCAACAGGAUCUGCAUCAGAAAUUCCAAUAUCAGUAGCACAUAAUUAUAAAAAUAAAGGUUCUCUUACAAAAAAUAAUAUAAAUGCAUUUAAAUUUAAUCUUCUGAGAGAUAAACGUCGUAAUGUGAGGAAACCGGUUGGAAAUCCAAUAUCUGUUCCAGUAAACACACCAGAAGGAAUAAAGAGGGUUUUCUUGAAUAAUAAUAAAGAAGAUACAACUUAUAAAGAUAUAACUCAUAAAGAUUCAACAACAUGCCAAUUGCCAUCUCAAACUCCACCAACUGUUCCAACCCAGACACCAAUUAUAAGACCAAUUCUGCCAAAACCAAUCCCUGCAUCAUCACUUCUAAUGGUAGCAAGUUCAACAUCAACGUCAUCACUUUCAAUAACAAAUCAAACAAUCCCAAUCCCAAAUGUGCAAAUAACAACGACGCCAGAAUCAAUGCCAAUUUCAAAAUCAACAAAAUCAACAGGAUCUGCACCGGAAAUUCCAAUAUCAGUAGCAUUUAAUAAUUAUAAUUAUAAAAAUAAAGGUUCUCUUGCAAAAAAUAAUAUAAAUGCAUUUAAAUUUAAUCUUGUAAGAGAUAAACGUCGUAAUGUGAGGAAACCGGCUGGAAAUCCAAUAUCUGUUCCAGUAAACACACCAGAAGGAAUAAAGAGGGUUUUCCUGAAUAAUAAUAAAGAAGAUACAACUUAUAAAGAUGCAACUCAUAAAGAUUCAACAACAUGCCAAUUGCCAUCUCAAACUCCACCAACU